AUGAAAAUCUCAGGUAGGACCUUCAUCAUCUCUGGCGGCGCGUCCGGCCUAGGCAAAGCCUGCGUGGAGGAAAUACUCAGCCAUGGCGGCAACGUCGCGAUCCUCGACAUGAACGAAGAAGACGGCCAGGAACUGGUCAAGGAACUCGGUCCCAGCAGUCGUUUCUUCACCUGCAACGUCCUCGAGACCGAGAGUGUCAGUGCCGCUGUUUCAGGCACUGUUGCCUGGGCCCGAGAGACCGGCAAACUCAUCGGAGGUGUCAUCCCUGCGGCCGGCGUGUCUACGCCCGCGACGAUGUUGGAUCGCGAUAAUCAGCCCUUCAGCCUCGACGACUUUGAGUUCGUCAUCAAUGUCAAUCUCCGCGGGACGAUUGACCUUGUGAGACAGACGCUACCCCACAUCGCUUCGCAACCGGCCUCAGAACCAGAUGGCGAGCGAGGCGUCGUCAUCAUGGUUGCGUCUUCGGCGGCUUUUGACGGCCAGAAGGGGCAGGUGUCCUACUCAGCGUCCAAGGGCGCUGUAGCUAGCAUGACUUUGCCCAUGGCUCGCGAUCUGUCGCGGCACGGAAUCAGAGUGGUCACCAUUGCGCCAAGUCUGUUCGAGAGUCGCAUGACAAGCAUGAUGAGUGGCAAGGUCCGGAAAAGCUUGGAGAGUGCGAUGGAGUUCCCGAGGAGGAGUGGACGUCCCGAGGAGUUUGCCAGCUUGGUGAAGCAGGCGAUUGAGAACAUUAUGCUCAAUGGUGUUGUCGUGAGGUUGGACGGUGCGAUGAGAAUGCCUAGCAAGAUUCGGACAUCCGAGCCAUGUAAAUCACUGUUACCCCACACUCGGUGCACGCGGACACUGUUCGGCUAUAAGCUCACCCGCCGUCUUCCUGUUGUCCACAUGCAUCUUGCAUCUUAUCUUUUCAUUGUAUAUCUCAAGCAAAAAGCCUGGUGUAUUUCCCAUUAUCAGAAGAUGGCCCGUUACCAGGUUGCAGUGCUGGACGACUACCAAGGAGCUGCCGUCAGCAAGUUCUCCUCACUCGAUGUGUCCCAGUUCCAAGUCACGCACCUCCGCGAUACCCUGCCAGCGUAUUCUCAUCCAGAUACACCACAGCAUGCCAAAGAUGAGCUCGUCAAACGGCUCCAGCACUAUAACAUCAUAUCCACCAUGAGGGAAAGAACACCUUUUCCCGAGGAUCUAGUUCGCCAACUGCCCAAUCUUCGACUCCUCCUGACCACGGGUGAGAGAAAUGCAGCGCUUCAUCUUCCUUCAUUUCAGUCCAUGUCCAUCCCGGUAGCCGGUACUAGCAACACGCGGAACGCUCUGGGGACGCGAGGGGCUAGCACGGAUAGCACCACUCAGCACUGCGUCACAAUGAUCCUGGCGUUGGCGAGGAAUAUUGCUGCCGAUGAUGCGAAUGUCAAGGCCGGGGGUUGGCAAACGGACUUCGCAAUCGGACUCGCAGGCAAGACGCUGGGUGUCGUGGGCUUGGGAAGGCUAGGGCUGAGCGUGGCGCGCAUCAUGCAUCUCGCCUUUGGCAUGAAGAUCUUAGCUUGGAGCACAAACCUCACACAAGAAGCUGCUGAUGAGAAAGCCAAGGGCUGUGGACUACCCGUUCAAGACGAGGGCGGCAACAAGACCUUCCAGGUUGUUUCCAAAACGGACUUGUUCAAGAACUCUGACGUUGUCACCCUGCAACUCGUUCUCUCGGACCGAUCACGAGGCAUCAUCACCAAGUCUGAUCUGGAGCUCAUGCAUGCCAAGGCACUCUUCGUCAACACGUCUCGCGGGCCCCUCGUCGUGGAGUCUGACAUUCUUGACGUGCUUCAAGCCGGAAAGAUUGCGGGUGCCGCCUUGGAUGUCUUUGAUGUCGAGCCGCUACCUAAAAACAGUCCUUGGCGCACUCAGGACUGGGGAAGUGGCGGAAGAAGCAGGGUCCUACUGACGCCCCAUAUGGGCUAUGUCCAGGAGGACUCCCUCGGUAGAUGGUAUGAGCAGCAGGUUGCAAACAUCAAACGGUGGGUCAAAGGAGAGUCGCUCGAAUGUCUGCUAGCUUAA